AUGUCGCAGCUGCUUUUGCUGCUCAGCUUGCAGCCGGCUGCAGCCUAUGUCUACCCAGACUGCAUUGAAGCGGGCAUUGUCUAUCGACAUGCUGGUGCUCAUGGCAUCUUCGUGGAUCUGGGUUUCUUCGGGAACACUGGAUGCUGGCAGAACAAUUGCAGGAAUACAGACAAGUUCCACAGUGAGGACCCAGGCAUUUGCGCGCGAGCCUGCUGGCAGGUGAAGGAAUGUACGCACUGGUCCUUUGGAGAUGGUUCCUGCUUCUUGAGGAAAGCUGCUGGUGGCUUAGAAACUUCAGAGAGCUUUGCUUCAGGUGACAAGGGCUGUGCACCUCCAGCGCUGCCGGAUGCCUGGUUGGCACGACAGGUGUCCAAGAUACCGGCUUUGGAGUGUGAGGAUGGUGGCUGCGACAUGAUGCGCGCGGCCAACACCUGGAGCUUUGCAUUUGAUGCUCUACGUCGUGCAGGGAAAAUGGAUCAGCAGAUGGACGUCAUUGUUAAGCAGCUAGCAGAAGACACAGACAGAUUUCUCCGGGACCUGCAUGAGGAGAACUUUCUCCCUGUGGUUGCGAACAAUCGCAUGUUCUUUGACAUGAUCGACGGCUGGCUCGCAGGACAGCCAGUGCCAAAGGAUUUGACAUGGGCGUUGCCUCGACCCAUCAAUGGGGAAUUGUGUGGACCGAGCGCGUGUUACUAG